UCAUCGAUCUUUGUCCAUCUCUAGUUUCCAGCACGAAUAGCAACAAUUGCAAGGAAAAAUAUUAAGUUUUCGGCGCAUUUAAAAAUAUUGAGGAAGGGGCGGCUGCUAGAGUUUAGGACGGCAAUCCAGAGUGACGAAGGGAACUGAAAAAGCCCGAGCAAUUCAGACGGGACAAGUGCAUUGGCCAAUAAAAUCGCUAGCUAGUCACCUGCGUGCCGUGUGCGAGUGUGUGUGUGUGCCUGUGCGUGCGUGCGUCGAGAGCUGCGCGUGUGUUAGUGCUUUGUUCUGCGAGCGUUUCGGAAAUGGCCAAGAAAACCUACGAUUUGCUCUUCAAACUGUUGCUGAUCGGCGACUCGGGCGUGGGCAAGACCUGCAUUCUGUUCCGCUUCUCCGAUGACGCCUUCACCUCCACGUUCAUCUCGACCAUUGGCAUCGAUUUCAAAAUCAAAACAGUGGAGCUGCGGGGCAAGAAGAUCAAGCUUCAAAUAUGGGACACCGCCGGCCAAGAGCGGUUCCACACGAUAACCACGUCCUAUUACCGCGGUGCGAUGGGCAUCAUGCUCGUCUAUGACAUAACGAACGAAAAGAGCUUCGAGAAUAUAGUCAAAUGGCUGCGGAACAUAGACGAGCAUGCCAACGAGGAUGUGGAAAAGAUGAUACUGGGCAACAAGUGCGACAUGACGGACAAGCGAGUGGUGAACAAGGAGCGCGGUGAAGCGAUUGCCCGUGAACAUGGCAUUCGGUUUAUGGAAACAUCCGCCAAAUCGAACAUAAACAUCGAGCGAGCGUUCUGCGAGCUUGCCGAGGCCAUUCUAGACAAGACAUCGGGACGCGAAUCGGCUGAAAAUCCGGAGCGUGUGAUCAUCGAUCGCCGGAACAACGAGAAGGCGCCGGGCUACAGCAAGUGCUGUGCGUAAAAAACGGCGUUAAUAGCGCAAACGGAGCGUGGCUUGGCCCGGGCGUGCGCUUAGCUGUGCGGAGGAGGGAAGGCGAAGGCGAUGGCGGGGGCAGAGCGGAGCGGAUUGGAUUGGAUUUGGAAUUGAAAAUGGAAAUGGUAUUAGAUCGAGGGAAUCGGUUUCUGAAACUGCCCCAAAAUGAAACGAAGCAAUACAGCGGCCAGGAGCAAAUCAGCACUCGCACGGAGGGAACUACUUACUUACUACGAGAAUAGCAGCAGAUACGCAGAUGGAACAAGCAACAGAAACAACCUACCUAAAGUUUAACGACAGAUAUUGUAAUAACGAACAUUUGGACGCCACUUUACAAGCAGCCAUCGGAUAGGAUACGUUAGUUAGCGCACACGGAUCGGGAGGAGCAACAGAAUCGCAUUUGAGUUAGCUAACGUGGACCGAAGAUCGAUUCCAGAGGCUAUCUUGGAUGCGGUAACCGAAACGAAAACGUUUAACGCAAACAACAGACACAAGCAACUUUUGUAACGUAACUUUUGAUAUAUAUACAUAUAUAGUAGAUAGUCCUACGAUUCCUGUACUCAGCCGUACUUCGUUCGUUCACGCACGCACUCCCCUACCGCCACCACAUAGGUCUUGUUUUUUUUUUUUUGUUUUGUUUUGUUUUGCGUUGCGUUGCGGCCUAGAUAUACAUACCAUAUUAUUCAUCGGAUAGUAUAUAUAGUACAUAAUCCCAGCUAGCUAGCCACCGCUUGUUUUUCGAUCCUCAGCCAGCGGAGAAGGAGGCCAGGGAAUAGUAGUAUUUAGUAGUAGGCGCUGGACACACUGCAGCCACUCAUCCAGCCCAGAGUCUGAGAGUUGGAGCUGUUCCGAAAUUGUUUUUUGAUUAUUGCCUAUAUAUAUAUAUUUAUAUAUAUUUAUACAUGUAUAUCGAUUUAUUGUACGAUAUAUUUACUGCAUUGUUUUUAUGUGCAUCCAUGCCCGUACUCACAUGAUAUCAAGCCGAUGUGUCGCCACCUCCUCCUCCUCCUCUUCCUCCUGUCUCCUUGUAAUUUUAUUCUACAUUUUUUUGUCGUGUAAUACCUUAUUAUUUGUAACUGUAUAUGGAUUUAGUGUAGUUGUCCACACCAAAUGAUUUACCGAUUAAAAUAUAUAAAGAACAACCUAAACCAUGUCAUAUGUAA